GCCCCCGCGGGCGCACGGUGGUGACGUAAGGGAGCGCGACGCUUCCGGAGGGCAGACUGCUCCGGCCUUGCAGACUAGUGGGAGUCCCGACUGCCAUGGCUUCUGCUGCGGUGGCCCCCGGGAGACAGGCCGAGGAUGCGUUACCGCCCCCGGGAGAGCCGCCGCUGCCCGAGACGAAGCCGCUGCAGCCUCCGCAACCGCCGUCGGUCGCCGCGCCUCAGUCGCAGCAGUCCCCAGCGCCGAGGCCUCAGUCACCGGGCCGCGUGAAGGGGGAGGAGAAUUACUCCUUUUUACCUUUGGUUCACAACAUCAUCAAAUGCAUGGACAAGGAUAGCCCAGACGUCCACCAGGACCUGAACGCCCUCAGAACCAAAUUCCAAGAGAUGCGAAAGGUCAUCAGCACCAUGCCCGGCACCCACCUGAGCCCUGAGCAGCAGCAGCGCCAGCUGCACAGCCUCAGGGAGCAAGUCAGGACCAAGAAUGAACUGCUGCAGAAGUACAAAAGCCUCUGCAUGUUCGAGGUCCCCAAGGACUAGAUGCAACCAGCUUCCAGGGGUGCCUAAGGGGCUCCCUGUGUCUCCUGUCACCUCCAGUCAGCUCAUUUGGCCAUUUAAUGUGAAGAAUGGCCAAAUCACUUCAGACCCCACAGCACUUGCCCCAGGGUUGGAGGGGACUGUGACCUCUGCACUGGCUCAGACAGGUUUCCAGGUGAGAACUUGCCUCCAGCAUGUCAGGUUCCUCUUGUCCUCAUUUAAAAUUUGUUCCCCCCCCAACCCCUGCCUCCUCAGUAAAGAAUCAACCACAAACAUUUACUGCACUGCAAACAGAGGUGAUCAUGGUGUACUUCUUCAAAGGGCAGCUCUAAGUGAUGGUUCCAGUGGCCCCCCUGGCCAGAUGUGACAGUAUAGUUCUCAGUCUUUUCUGAAGGGGUGGGGUGAGCUAGGCCUGGAAGAUAUGCAGCCACGUUCUGGUUCAUAGUGUUUUAUAAACACCCCUCAUUUCUUCCUAAUGGGACAUUUUAUUUGUGUGCUCUUCCCAUGACUGACAGGCUGAGUUCUUUCCCUUGCCUCUUAAGAAUGAGGUGAGAAGUAACCAAAUAUUGUUUAGCUCUAGAAAUGGGCACAUAGCCUGUACUGACCAAUUCAGGGGCUUAACAGAUGCCCGUUGAUUGGCCUCGUUGGCAGGCGUACCGGUUGAAGAUGUUUUUGGCAUGGUUUUAUUGGGGCCUGUGUGCAGUACCUGUCAGAUGGCCGGCGCGCUGGGAGCUCAGGGGGUGUGAAGGGGGAUCAGGUCUCAGUAACUUCGGACGGAGAGCAGGCUCUGGAUGUCAGUGGUGGUGACCUGUUAGAUCAGUUCUACCUUGGGACUGUUACGUAACUGAAUCAGUUAUUUUCUUGAAAUUUCAGAGUAGUGUGUGGGCCCGUUUUAAGGCUCUGACCAAAUGCUGUGAAACACUAGGCACGUAGAAAUACGAGACAGCUGGGGCCUUUCUGCAAGGCUGAAAUGGACAAGGGCUUCUCACUGGGCAGAGGGAGAUAGAACCCUUCACAUAUUCCAGUGUUUGACGCAGGAUGUUUUUCAGGAGUACAAUCAAAGAACUUGGGCUCUGCUCACAGGACAUCUUGGUUUUUUACUGAGACAUUCAUAGUAGCAUGAUGUCUAUUUUGGAUAGGUAAGAGGAAAGUGCUCCCUUUGCCUCAAGGAGACAGAACAAACUGAGCAACUGUGCUGUGCAGCCUCCCCCCGCAACCCCCAACUGCAGGGCAGACACAGCGAAGGCCCAGGAAAACAGAGUAGCUCCUGUCAGGAGAGGCACCUGUCCCCAAAGGCGCAGUUGGCCUGUCGGGUCAUCCUGUCUGCCUGUGAUUCAUUGCCCCUGGGCUGUCCUUACGGCAGAGGUGUGUUCAGUCCUGGUGAGGAGCUGCCCCCACUGGGCAAUAGUAAAUGCCCCUCAGAGGGCUGAGCACCCUCUUGAAGCCACCAUUCACAAGGACUACUGAGUGGCUACCCGUCCAUGCACAUUUCAUCCUCCCAGCAACCCCAUGCAGAGGAUGCUCUGUCCCAGGGUGAAGAAGCUGAGGCUUGGCCCCUGGCAUGUGACCUGAGCUUACACAGGGAGGGGUGGCAGAGAUGCUGGGUCCUGGGUUUGAGAGAGGGUGCCUUCGACUGCUGACAAGAUUGCAAGGCAGAGAAGGGUUCUGGGCCCCCUCCUGGAGCAACAAGCACUUACUGAAGCUGGAGGGGCACGGGAAUUGGGGUGCGUGAACUGUCUCCAGCAGCCCCUGGGGCCUGGAGAGGAGCGAGGCACCAGGGCCCUUGCCAGCCUAACACCAGUUGAGGCUCCAUUUCCUUAGUUGUGAAUGCAGGGCCCACCUGACACCUCAAAGCAUCUGCAUGCUUCAGGGUU